AUGGUCUUGGAAAGUACUAUGAUUUGUGUAGACAAUAGUGAUUACAUGAGAAAUGGAGAUUUUCUUCCAACAAGACUGCAAGCUCAGCAAGAUGCUGUUAAUUUAGUGUGUCAUUCCAAAACACGGUCUAAUCCGGAAAAUAAUGUUGGGUUACUGACUUUGGCCAAUGUGGAAGUACUGGCCACUUUAACCAGCGACGUUGGCAGAAUACUCUCAAAGCUUCAUCGUGUUCAACCCAACGGGGACAUCAAUAUACUUACUGGCAUUAGAAUUGCACAUCUGGCUUUAAAACACCGACAGGGAAAAAAUCACAAAAUGCGUAUCGUUGUCUUUGUUGGUUCUCCUAUUAAUACCGAUGAGAAGGAACUGGUGAAAUUGGCUAAAAGACUCAAAAAAGAGAAGGUUACUUGUGACGUUGUAUCAUUUGGAGAAGAUUCUGAGAAUAAUCCCCUACUGACUUCAUUUAUAAACACAUUGAAUGGUAAGGAUAAUACAUCUGGAGGCAGUCAUCUUGUGUCAGUACCAGCUGGUGGGUGUGUUGUUCUUUCUGAAGCAUUAAUCUCUAGUCCAAUUAUUGGUGGGGAUGGUGCUGGCCCGUCUGGCUCGGGCUUAUCACCGUUCGAGUUUGGUGUAGAUCCUAACGAAGAUCCUGAGCUCGCCCUAGCUUUAAGAGUAUCCAUGGAAGAGCAACGACAGAGACAAGAAGAAGAAUCCCGUCGUCAACAAACAAAUGCUGAAGGCGAAGCUGGUAAAACCGGGGAGCCUCAAAACACUGGCAUGGAGAGGGCACUAGCAAUGUCAUUGGGCAGAGAAGCUAUGGAGUUAUCGGAGGAGGAACAGAUUGCUCUCGCUAUGCAGAUGAGCAUGCAGCAAGACGCUCCACAAGCUGAAGAGAGUAUGGAUGUGUCCGAAGAAUAUGCCGAGGUUAUGAAUGAUCCUGCAUUCCUACAAAGCGUCCUCGAGAACCUACCGGGAGUAGACCCACAAAGCGAAGCAAUUCGUAAUGCCAUGUCGACGAUCAAGAAAGAUAAGGAUGAAAAAGAUGAUAAGGAUCAGAAGGACAAGGAUGGUAAUGGGCCGAGCUCUUAA